UUUCUCUAACAAACAUGCCAAAAGCAAGAGCAAGCGUGAAAAGGAAAAAUAAUGGCGGAUUUCUAAAGCUGAAAAUAGUGGUGAAAAUGCUACAAAAGAGUUUGAUUCCUCGAAAGAAAUGGGUGCCGGAGGACGUGAAGGAGGGGCACUUCGCGGUGAUGGCGGUCGAGGACGACGACCUUAAGAGGUUUGUUUUGCCCUUGAGUUUCUUGACCCGUCCCUCCUUCCUGCGCUUGUUGGAGCAGGCGGCCGAGGAGUAUGGCUUCGAUCACCAUGGGGCCCUCACGCUGCCUUGCUCCCCGACCGAGCUUGAGGGGAUACUGGCCGAGCAAUGGGCGCCCGAGGGUGGGUCACGUUGGGAUUGCUAUCAGACCGUGGUUAAAACAUGUUGAUUAUUUCGUACCACUUAAAGUGACACGUUUUCUGAAAUUGUAACUUUUAUCAUUUUUUUUUUUUGUUAAUAAGGAUAGUUGUAUAGUUGGGAAUUUGACAACUUUUUGGGCAAGUGCAUACCCCAUUAGAUUCGUUAGAGGUAUAUUGGGGAGUAUUUGUCUUCUUUUUUUCGAAUUUAAAUUUUUGAGGUUCUUUCGUAAUUUGUUAGUAUUUUCUAUUUAUGUUGCAACAGAUUGAAAAAAGAAACACACAAACUAAUGCUCUUGUAUGCUUUGACAUAUGAAUUUCAUAGAAUUUGUAUCUUGGGGUUUCAGAUUUACCAGUGU